AUAAGAUAAUUUUAAGAAAACAUAAAAGUGCUGUUUUAAUUAUCGGAAGUAAAUUAUAUAUUGUAAUAAUUAUCCAAACAUUGUUAUAAUCGAACAAGAUAAAUAUAUAUUAAACACUUCCUAUUCAGUUAUAUAUUCGAAAAAUAUUAAACAAUUUAACAAUACAUGAUGGUGGACAACAAAUCCCUGGAUUUAAAAGACCAAAACUAUUGCGAAAUCAUGUCAGAAGACGAAAACAAUCAAAAAGUAUCUUUGGAAAAUAUUAGAGAAGUAGAGUUAUCGAUCAUUUAUGUAAGAAAAAAAAUGUUAAAAAUUAUCGGCGAUUUUAAUACUACACCUAACAUACAUUUCAAGCAAAGAAAAAAAUUGUAUAAAUAUAAUAAAUUUAAAGUAUUUAGAUGCACGAAACAGCAAAUAAAGUCUUAUACUAAUAAGGACGCUUGUAUACAUUACAAAUCAUCAUGUCGAAAUUAUAAGAAAAUGAACAGUAUGCCAAUUUUAAAUAACCUACAAAAUGAACACAGCACAAGUUCUAGUGCAAAAAGUUGGAACAAUUUUUUAUCGUCAAAUCCACGUAAUUUCAAUUCUAAUUUUAUAGUUAAUACCUUAAUUACAUCGCAGUAUCAAAAUUCAGAAGGUCCUUGUUUAAAUAAUUAUUUAUUCAUAAGACCUUGCUGGAAAGUAUAUCGCUGCCAACUCAAUACUAAAGAAGAAACCUGUUGCUGUUCAUGUAAUUCUGAUGCUAUGUUCGAAGUAAUGAAAAGUCUGUACGACUGCUAUAAAAAGAAAAAUUGUGACAAUUGUAACUGUAUUCUGUGUGGACAUUUACCAAGAGAAGAACGACGUCUAGGGGAAUUACGAAAAAAAGGAGAACUAUCGCUCGGCGCGAUUUCUGAAUUUAUGCAACAAGGUUACAUAAAAAAAUUACCACCGGAAAAAGUAGAGAAAUUAAAUGCAGAGGGCCUUUUGACGCCGUUGAAAGGAAAAAAUUUAGAUAAAAAGGAAGAAAUAUUAAGAGGAUUAGCAAUGAAUGGCAUCCCUUUGCCAAAGGGUAAAACAGCAUCUGAUAUAAAGUUAAUAGAUAAAAUUAGAAGGGAUAUUGGUCUUCCACCUGAACCGAAAUCUCCAUCGGCCAAAAAGAAAUAUGAAAAAGCUGUGGCUUCGGGUCUUAUAACGCCUCUUUUCGGAAAGUCUCCAUCUGAGAAGGAAAGAAUUUUAAAAGGCCAGGCUGAUUUAGGCUUAGCCCUACCGAUAGGACAAACAACAUCAGAAAAAAAAUUGAUAGCUAAGUUAAAAGGUUUGAAAGCCCCAUCAUCGAAAUUAUUACGAGACAAAACGCCUGCAGAAAAAGAAAAAGUUAUUAAAGAUCUCGCAAUGAAAGGCAUGCUUCCAGAAGGAAAAACUUCGUCUGAAAAAGAUUUAAUUGAAAAAGUUCGUACUGAAGUUGGCCUUCUACCUGCACCUAAAACUUCAUUGGACAGAAAGAAAUAUGAAAAAGCUAUAGCUUCAGAUCUUACAAAACCUCUCGUAGGGAAAACUGCAUCUGAAAAAGAAAAAAAAUUAAGAGAGCAAGCCAAAAUAUUCUUACCAGAAGGUCGAACUCCAUCUGAAAAAACUUUAAUUCCUAAAGUAAAAGAAGAAUACACACCAGAUAGAAUUAAAAGGGCAAAAACAGGCAAGAUUACACCUUUGGCUGGAAAAACGCCAGAACAAAAAGAAAGUAUAUUAAGAGAAUUAAUAAUGCAUAAAAUUCCUCUUCCUGAAGAUAAAACACCCUCCGAAAUACAAAUUUUUAAAAAAGUUCGUAAAGACCUCGGUUUGCCACCAGAACCGAAGUUAAAACAUGAAAAAGCUAAGUAUAAUGAAGGUAUUACUGCCGGUUUAAUUACUCCUCUAGAAGGUAAAACUCAAUCUCAAAAAGAAAAAAUACUUCAAGCACAAGCUGACAUGGGAAUUCAACUAUCGGAGGGCCGAACUGCCUCUGAAAAAUCUCUUAUAAAACGAAUAAAAAAAAAAUCAUUACCUCCAGAAAAACGGAAAAAACUCGAUGAAAAAACUUUAAAAGUUUUAAAAGAAGGUAAAGGACCAAGUGACGAAUGCAUAUGUGGAGUAAUAGCAUCUGAAUUAGCAUAUGCAACACCAUCACAAAAAGAAAAAAAAAUAAGAGAACUUGCAAUGCAGGGUCCAUUACCAGAAGCUAAAACAGCCUCAGAAAAAAAAUUAUAUGAGAAGGUACAAGCUGAUCUAAAAUUACCUUCUGUACCAACAACACCGUCUUUAAAAGAAAAAUAUCCGAGAGCCCAAGAUGCUGGCGUUAUAAUGCCAUUAGAAGGUAAAACUAAAUCACAAAAGGCGAAAAUUUUAGUGAAACAAGCAGAAAUGGGUAUACCUCUGUCCGAGGGACGCACACCUUCAGAAAAAGCUUUAGUUAAUAAAGUUCGUGCAACCGUGAAACCAAUAACCGGCAAAACUCCAGAGGAACAAAAGAAAAUUCUAAGAAAUAUAGUUAAGGCAGGACUGCCUUUGCCAGAAGGCACAACGCCUUCCGAAAAACAAAUUAUUAAGCACGUAAAAAAUGACUUAGGUAUCCCGACAGUUAUCCCUUCAGAACAAUUCCUUAAGGCUAAAGCUGCACCGUUAGAAGGUAAAACAAAAGCUCAAAAAGAAAAAAAGUUGAGAGAUAGAAUUGCUACAGGCUUACCUCUUCCUGAAGGCGUGACACCAUCCGAUAAAGAGUUAAUUAAACAAGUUAAAGAAUCCACGGGCUAUAAAACACCAAAAUACCCAUCGAAAAUUAUUAAAAAAAAAUCAGUUGGACUCCUAACACCCUUAGAAGGUAAAAAAACGUCUGAAAAAACUAUUAUUGACAAAAUGAAAGAAGAAGUAAAGUUUACACCUGAAAAAAAGCCAUUGUCUGCUAAACUGAGGGGGGCAAAAGCGGGAGGAUUAUUGACACCACUAGAUGGUAAAACAGCUGCACAAAAAGAAAAAAUUUUAAGGGGAUUGGCGAAAGCUGGGAUCCCACUACCUGAAGGAAAAACAAAAUCAGAGAAAAACAUUAUUGAAAAGGUACGAGAAGAUGUUGGUUUACCACCGGAACCAAAAGCGUUAUCGUUAAAAGAAAAAAUUAAACAAGCUCAAAUAGAUGGUAUUGUAACGCCUUUAGAAGGGAAGACACCUGCUGAAAAAGAAAAAAUACUAAUAAAAAUGCACGAUGCAGGUAUACCACUACCAAAGGGAAGAACAGCGUCAGAAAAAUCGUUAGUUAAGAAAAUCAAAGCCAGACCUCGAAGAGUGAAAGAAGCCUUAUCUGAAAAAUUAAGGAAAGCUAAAACUGCAUCAUUUUUAACACCAUUAGAAGGUAAAACAACUGAACAAAAGGAACGUAUUUUAAGGGGAUUGGCGAAAACUGGAGUUCCAUUACCCGAAGGGAAAACGAGUUCAGAGAAAAAAAUAAUUGAAAAGGUUCGAGAAGAGGUUGGUUUACCACCAGAACCAAAAACGCCAUUGCUAAGAGAAAAAAUGAAACAAGCCCAAAUAGACGGCUUUAUAAUGCCUUUAGAAGGAAAGACGCCUGCUGAAAAAGAAAAAAUACUACUGAAAAUGCAUGAAGCAGGUAUACCACUUCCAAAAGGAAGGACAGCAUCUGAAAAAUCUUUAGUAAAAAAGGUAAAAGCUGGUGUUAUAACUAGGCCCUAUAGAGUAUCAUCUAAGAAAUUGAGAGAAGCUAAAGCUUUAGGCUUAUUAACCCCACUAGAAGGCAAAACCUCUGCCCAAAAAGAAAGAAUUAUAACAGGAUUGGCUAAGGCUGGUUUACCUUUACCUGAAGGGAAAACAGCAUCUGAAAAAGCAUUAAUAAAUAAGGUUCAUGAAAAAAUAAAAAAAAUAGACAAGAAAUCAGCAAAAACUUUAAAAGAAGGAAAAGGCCCCAGUGAUGAAUGUAUUUGCGAUAUGUUGACACCGAUGACACCAUCAAAAAAAACAAUUUCAAUGACAACACUUAUUGGAAAAACACCAGAAGAAAAAGAAAGAUACCUCAAAGACAUAGCUUUGCAAGGAAUCCCGCUUCCGGAAGCAAAAACUAAGUCAGAUAAAAAACUUAUCAAUAAGAUUCGCGCUGAUAUAGCGUUACCACCAGAGCCAACAACACCUUCCUUAAAGAAAAAAUAUUAUAAAGCCUUGGAUGCAGGAUUAAUAACGCCCUUACAAGGAAAGUCCGUAGGUCAAAAAGAAAAAAUUCUGCGCAAACAGGCGGGAAUGGGCCUGCCUCUACCGGAAGGUAGAACUCCUUCAGAAAAGGAACUUAUAGCAAAAGUCAGAGCAACGACGCCUCCACUUUCAAAAGUUCAUAUACCAUUAAAAUCGGAAAAAAUGCAUAAGGCAAAAGCUGCCGGGAUACUAACACCUUUACAAGGUAAAUCACCCGAACAAAAAGAAAAAAUUCUUAAAGGAUUAGCUAUGCAUGGAAUGCCUUUACCUGAACCUACAACAAGCUCAGAAAGAAAUAUUAUUGAUAGAGUGCGUGCUGAAGGCGGUCUUCCUCCAGAGCCAAAAACACGACAAGAGAGACAGAAAACUACUAGAGCUAUCGCUGAUGGAAUAAAAACUCCCUUACAAGAAAAAUCACAGUCACAAAAGGAAAAAAUUCUGCGUGAGCAAGCAGAAUUAGGUCUUCAUCUACCUGAAGGUAGGACACCUUCAGAAAAGGAACUUAAAGCAAAAGUCAGAGCAACCACCCCACCCGUUAUUAAAGUAAAGUCAGAAAAAUUGCGUAAGGCAAAAGCUGCUGGACUUCUAACACCAUUAGAAGGUAAAUCACCGGAACAAAAAGAAAAAUAUUUGAAAGGAUUGGCCAUGCAUGGAAUUCCUUUACCAGAACCUAAAAGUAGCUCAGAAAGAAAUAUUAUGAAUAAAGUACGUGCUGAAGUCGGUCUCCCUCCAGAACCAAAAACGCGGCGAGAGAAGGAGAAGUAUAACAGAGCUGUUGCUGCUGGAAUAAUUACUCCACUGCAAGGGAAAGCACCGUCACAAAAAGAAAAAAUCAUACGAGGUCAAGCUAAAUUAGGUCUUCCAUUACCUGAAGGCCGUACACCCUCAGAAAAAUCACUUAUUAGGAAAGUAAAAGAAACAACUCCAGUAGAACCUGAAUUACCAACGAUGCCUCCAGAAGAAUUAGCAAAAUUGGACAAGAAAACAGCGAAAAAUAUGAAAGAUGGAAAAGGUCCUAGCGACGAAUGUAUUUGUCAUAUUUUAUCACCUCAUCGUUCGUCGCUUUCGAAAAAAUCUACAAAAAUAUUUAAAAUUCCCUCCGAAAAACUACGUAAAGUUAAAGAAGCUGGAUUAGUAACACCUCUUGAGGGAAAAUCUACGGCACAAAAGGAAAAAAUUAUUAAAGGGUUAGCCUUACAAGGUAUUCCACUACCAAAACCAAAAACAGAUUCCGAAAGAAAACUAAUAGAUAAAGUAAGAACUGAUCUUGGGUUACCCCCAGAACCAAAAACUAUUUCAGCAAAAAAAAUUUAUAAUAAAGCAUUAGCUGACGGUUUUAUAACACCAAUGCAAGGAAAAUCACAUGCACAAAAAGAAAAAAUUUUACGUAAACAAGCUGAGUUAGGGUUACUUUUACCUGUAGGUCGAACGCCUUCUGAAAAAAGUCUCAUAGCUAAAAUUGAGAAAACGAGUCGACCACCUUCAGAAAAAUUAAGUAAAGCCAGGGCUGCUGGCUUAUUAACGCCUUUGGAGGGAAAAACUUUUGAACAAAAGGAAAAAAAACUUAAAAACUUAGCGGAAGCUGGUUUGCCAAUACCAGAAGGAAAAACGCCUUCAGAAAGAUCGUUAAUUCGAAAAGUUGAGACUGAAUAUGGAAAACUUGCAAAAGCAAAAACAAAGUCUAAAAAAGUUGGGGAAGCAGUUGCGCGAAAGAAAGGUGGUAUUACUCAAGAGUUCGAAGAUAUCAUAAAAACAACAACGUGUGAUAGAGGUUGUGGGUGUGAUAAAAAGAAAAUAAGAUUUAAACAUAGCUAUGUAAAAAUAAGAGUUACCUCUCCUGAUAUAUCUUCUUUAUGUCCCUGUCCAGAAGAGUGUGUACCUGGAGUAAAAGGUGGAGUAUUUACUGAUAAUGAAGGUAUAAAAGUAACAGUUGGAAGAGUUACAGGCGUACCUUCUUUUUCGUCAAGAAAAUCAUUUGAUGGUGAUCACAUUUAUUUCGAAUCUAAUAACACAACGUUAUUGAAAUAUAUAUAUAUUGGUGACGACAACAGUGUUCACACUUACCCCUAUCCAAAAAGUUAUAAGAAUACUAAUAUUACUUGUUCCAAAUCUGAAACUGAAAUAAAUGUACAAAAGCGUUGUACGAAACAAUGUUAUCGUCGCAAUUAUAAAACAUGUAGUUCAUAUAACAGUAUAGAUAUUUUGAGAAAUGUUUGUAAAAAUAGUAUCUCUGCCGAAAUUAUUCAAUCUCUUGAAAAAAACUUUAAAAACUUCAAUUCAUCACAGGAGUGUUUCAUAACGAAUACUUCUAAUAAUACAAGUUUUGAAUCAAUGUAUUUAUUGAACAAAUAUUCGUCAGUAAGCUUGCUGACUUUACCUACCAGUAUUAGUAUAAUAUCGUUUUCUACAACGGUAUCAUCAUCAAAUUCGACUUUUUACAAGGACAAAAUAUCGUACACAAGCCUUAAUUUAUCUGAAUGUCUACAAAGCAUGAAUGAUUUCAAUACUUCAGAUGCCAGAGAUAAUUCAUUUGAAUGUAAUGAUUGUUAUUCCAAUACAUGUUAUUUGAUGGAAACGAAUUAUUUGGAUAAAAAGGAAUCUGCUAUAAUUCAUAAAAGUAAUAGUCUUAAUGUCCACGACUUCAUUUGCGACAUACUUUCGAAGAGACCGAUAAAUAACACGUCCUCUCUCGUCAUUGUCAUGUCAACCACCUCUGACGAACAUACUUCAAAAUAUUCUCUAGAUGAUAGAGGACAAUUGUCAACGAUUGCCAUAGAUCUAUUAGAAAACCACAAUAAUUGGAAUUAUAAGGCAAAUAGUUUACAUCAUUUUCAUGAAAAACACAGAGGUUUUAAAAUCACGAGUAAAGGAAAAAUAUGUGAAAACAACAAUACAUCAACAAUGUUGGCUGAGAGCAAUAAAAGAAAUAUGCAAAAUAAAAAAGAAAUAUAUGAAAGAAACUUACUUAUUAAUGAAUUUGAUGAACAAAAUCAUCAAACAUUUACAAGAAAUCAAAAUCAUUUUCGCAUAAUUAGUACAGAUACAACCCAGGAUAGGCCUUGUUGCUGUAAAUCAAAAGAGGGUCUCAGUCAUGAAAAACAUAAAUAUUCACAAGAAAAUAACAGAAUACGACAACCACGGCUAACGUCGACACAUUCAAACCUUGGAAUGCCAACUCCAAUUCGAUUCUGUAAGAUUCCUCCAUGCAACGAUCUUACAAAAAACAUAUAUCCCUCUAUACCAAAUUGCGUAUCUAAGAAGACUCCAUCAAAUAAUGCCACUUCCGAUACAAUAUUUAAAACAUGCGAUUGUAGCCCUGACAAGUUGAUGAAGUUGUUCGAAAAAAGUAAAAAAGAUGUGUUAUCAAAAACUUGCAACAAUCGUAGCGACGAAAUGAUUGAUGAAAAAAAACAAAUUCCCAAUGAGUACCAUGGGCCCGAGUGUAACAAAUGCAGAUCAAAUAAAUUACGCGAAGCCGGAUACGGAAAAAAAGUGAAAAAUUUAUGUCCGUGCGAACAACAUAAAAAUUUCAUAGAUCAUUCAUCAAAUGAUAUCGCUGACAAGAUCAACGACCAAAAGGGUACUUCCUCAAAAUAUCGCUGCAAAUGUAAAGAGCAGAAACAUUUCACUAAAAACAUAAUAUGUGAAUGUCCCGAACCCGAACCUGAAAUCGAUUUUAUAGAUUGGAUUGAUGAAAAACACGACAGAAAACUUAAAUCCGAUUUGACACAGACAAUAUCAGGUUUUAAAAUAAACAUACCUCGAAAAAAAACUGAUUGGGAAAAUUGGGAGUUGGAAAUGAAUUUUGAAGAGACUUUAAGGUACAUCGCAGAAAAUCUUGAGAAUGAAAGUAAACAAUAUAAUAGUGACAUAUGCUCCUGUAAAAGUGACUUAAAAUUGCAAUCAGAAAAUGUGUCAAUCGAUUGUGAAUGCCCACAAGACGCUUACACUCCAGAAGCUCAAGAAGAAAAGAUAUUUGAAGAACCAUUUACGGGUAUUAAAUUUCAUAUUAGUGGCAAAGGAUCCGGGUCCAAAGGUCUUAAUGGAAUUUUAUGUUUUUAGUUGUUGAAAAGCUUAUCCAAACCAAUUCCUAUUUAGGAACAUACAGAGUUAUGACAACUCAAAUAAUUUAUUUUAAUGUGUUACAUAUUUCAUUAAAAUAUUUUUUUAUAUAUAUAUUAGAA